GGGGGGGUUGUUUGAGAUUCGUAAAAUUCUAAGGAGUUGGUGGAAUAUCGCAGCGAGGAGGGAGGUGCUGAAAACCUCCACCCUGCAUGGUGUGCAACUUCUAUCACUGGUGGGAAAACAAACUGACCUUAGAAUCCUUUUACUUCACUCACACCUGUUUUUUUUUUAAAACGCUUCACACUGCAGAACAUUGGGGUGCAGAACAUUCUUCAAAGAAUGCGAAACACAGAAUCAACAAAGCAAAGACGACACUCGGACUGAAUCAAUGGUAUUGCAGAAGUUGACGUCCCUGCUCAGUUUGGACCUACACCACUGAGGUCUGGAUUGAAAGGAUCCCUGGCUGCGGCGGAGCUUAUGGAGGCUGUGAGCCAGCCGCCGCCUCGUUCACAGGCCUGACACCCGAGCUCUCUUCUCCUGGGGGGGGGGGGGGGGAAGGAAAGCAGGAAGAAGGCGAUCCACUGCAGACGUGCUCCAGGAGUUCAAGUCACAGGAGUGGAGGAACGAGAACCAGAGCGAGAGCGAGAGAGAGAGAGAGAGAGAGAGAGAGAGAGAGAGAGAGAGAGCGAGAGAGAGAGAGAGAGAGAGAGAGAGAGAGAGAGAGAGAGAGAGAGAGAGAGAGAGAGAGAGAGAGUAGAAGACGGGGGUUUACUCAACACCUUUGUUCCCACUAGUAACUCCCGAGAUGGCUCAGUGUGCAGGCCGCCGCGCCGCGGGCCUCACAGCACCGUAGCCGUAGCCGCGCGCAGCACCUCGCUCUGCUCAGGUGCAUUAGGACCGGAAUAAAACACAGAGACCUGCAGAGAUAGGGGGGGCCGAGAGCACGCCGCCUAGGAGAGGGAGACACACAGAAUUAUAAAUACUUUGGUGCGUCAGCGCUGAGGAACAUGAGAGGAGACAUCUAAAGACCCCUAAAGCGUGCGUUGAAGACUAUCGCAGCCCACCCUCCGGGAUCGUUUUUUCCCUUUUGUUGCGUGCUCGUGCAAUUGCAUGCGUGGGCCCAUUUCUACAAGGGACGUUUGUUUAGUUUUUGGAUGCGUGCUUAGGCUCUCGUGAUGGCUGCUGCACAAGGGAGCUCUGAGAGGGGGGGGACUGGUGGUCGCGUGACGAGCAGCGGCCUCCACCUGCUCCUCCUGGCGCUCCAGGUUCUCACCACCGCCACGGCGGCCAAGCCCAAGAUGCCGGGCCACACCCACCUGAACUCCAUCCGUAUCGACGGGGACAUCUCCCUGGGCGGGCUGUUUCCCGUGCACGCCCGGGGCAACGACGGCAAGGCCUGCGGCGAGCUGAAGAAGGAGAAGGGCAUCCACCGGCUGGAAGCCAUGCUGUUCGCCCUGGACCGCAUCAACAACGACCACGAGCUGCUGCCCAACAUCACGCUGGGCGCCCGCAUCCUGGACACCUGCUCCCGGGACACCCACGCCCUGGAGCAGUCGCUGACCUUCGUCCAGGCGCUGAUCGAGAAGGACUCCACCGACGUCAAGUGUCUGAGUGGCGGGCCGCCCAUCAUCACCAAGCCCGAGAGGGUGGUGGGCGUGAUCGGGGCGUCGGCCAGCUCCGUGUCCAUCAUGGUGGCCAACAUCCUGCGACUCUUCAGAAUCCCCCAGGUCAGCUACGCCUCCACCGCCCCCGAGCUCAGCGACAACUCCCGCUACGACUUCUUCUCCCGGGUGGUGCCCCCGGACACUUACCAGGCCCAGGCCAUGGUGGACCUGGUGAAGGCCAUGCGCUGGAACUAUGUGUCCACCGUGGCGUCCGAAGGCAACUACGGAGAGAGCGGCGUUGACGCCUUCAUCCAGAAGUCCCGGGAAGACGGGGGUCUGUGCAUCUCCCAGUCAGUGAAGAUCCCACGCGAGCCCAGAACCGGAGAGUUUGACAAAAUCAUCCGUCGCCUGAGUGAAAACCCCAACGCCCGCGUGGUCAUCAUCUUUGCCAACGAGGAUGACAUCAGGAGACUCCUCCAGGCGGCUAAGAAAGCUAAUCAGACUGGCCACUUCAUCUGGGUGGGCUCAGACAGCUGGGGGUCCAAGAUAUCCCCCAUCUUGAAUCAGGAGGAGAUGGCCGAGGGUGCCGUUACCAUCCUGCCCAAGAGACAGUCGAUACGAGGUUUCGAUCGGUAUUUUACCAGCCGCACGCUGGAGAACAACAGGCGGAACAUUUGGUUUGCUGAGUUCUGGGAAAAUAACUUCCAAUGCAAGCUGAGUCGCCAUGCACUGAAGAAAGGAUCUGGCGUCAAGAAAUGCACAAAUCACGAGCGAAUCGGAAGGGACUCCUCCUACGAGCAGGAGGGCAAGGUGCAGUUUGUGAUCGACGCCGUGUACGCCAUGGCCCACGCCCUGCACAACAUGCACCGCAGCCUGUGCCCCGGCAACGUGGGCCUGUGCCCCAAGAUGGAGACCAUCAACGGGACGCUGCUGCUCAAGUACAUCCGCGAUGUCAACUUCACAGGUAUUGCUGGCACACCGGUAGUGUUCAACGUGAACGGAGAUGCUCCAGGUCGCUAUGAGAUCUACCAGUACCAGAUUACCAACAACACCAUGGAGUACAAGAUCAUCGGCCACUGGACCGAUCACCUCCACUUAGACACCAACCAGAUGCAGUGGCCCGGCGCCUCCCAGGACGUCCCCUCCUCCAUCUGCAGCCAGCCCUGCCAGGCGGGGCAGCGCAAGAAGACGGUGAAGGGCAUCCCGUGCUGCUGGCACUGCGAGAACUGCGACGGCUACCAGUACCAGGCCGACACGUACAGCUGCAAGAUGUGCCGCUUCGACCUGAGGCCCAACCCCAACCACACGGGCUGCGAUCCCAUCCCCAUCGUCAAGCUGGAGUGGAGCUCCCCCUGGGCUGUGUUCCCCGUGCUCAUCGCCGUGCUGGGCAUCAUGGCCACCAUGUUCGUGGUGCUCACCUUCAUCCGCUACAACGACACGCCCAUCGUGAAGGCCUCCGGGCGGGAGCUCAGCUACGUGCUGCUGACGGGCAUCUUCCUGUGCUACGCCACCACCUUCCUGAUGAUCUCCACGCCCGACGUGGGCAUAUGCUCGCUGCGAAGGAUAUUCUUGGGCCUGGGCAUGAGCAUCAGCUACGCGGCGCUGCUCACCAAGACCAACCGCAUCUACCGCAUCUUCGAGCAGGGCAAGAUGUCGGUGAGCGCCCCGCGCUUCAUCUCGCCCGCCUCCCAGCUGGUCAUCACCUUCACCCUGAUCUCGGUGCAGCUCCUGGGGGUGUGCAUCUGGUUCGGCGUGGACCCCUCCCAGGCCGUCAUCGACUACGAGGACCAGCGCACCUCCAACCCGCUGAUGGCCCGGGGGGUGUUGAAGUGCGACAUCUCGGACCUGUCGCUCAUCUGUCUGCUGGGGUACAGCAUGCUGCUCAUGGUCACCUGCACCGUCUACGCCAUCAAGACCCGAGGCGUGCCGGAGACGUUCAACGAGGCCAAGCCCAUCGGCUUCACCAUGUACACCACCUGCAUCGUGUGGCUGGCCUUCAUCCCCAUCUUCUUCGGGACUUCUCAGUCAGCAGAAAAGCUGUACAUCCAGACCACCACCCUGACCAUCUCGGUCAGCCUGAGCGCCUCCGUCUCUCUUGGCAUGCUGUACAUGCCUAAGGUCUACGUGGUCCUCCUCCACCCUGAGCAGAACAUUCCCAAGCACAAGCGCAGCCUGAAGGCGGUGGUGACCGCCGCCACCAUGUCCAACAAGUUCAACCCCAAGGGCGGCCUGCGGCCCAACGGGGAGGCCAAGUCUGAGCUGUGCGAGAGCCUCGAGACACAGGACUGUGUUGAGGGAGGGGAGCCCUGUGAGGGACUGUAAAGAACCAGCAUUGGCCUCCAAGCAGACAUACAUAAGCUACAGUAAUCACGCCAUCUAACCGACCAGAGAGCUGCACAAGGGAGCCACGAGCGAGAAGCCUGCCUUAGGAGCGAGCACCUGACACUGGAGAGAACGCUAAAAAUACCGGAGAAACUCUGAGCUCCAAGGGAGAGAAGGGACCGAGGGGUAAUGGGGACGGGGAAAUGUCACUCCUUGUGCAGAGGAAGAAGAAGAGGAGGAAGAAGAAGAUGUCAUGUCUUUUUGUUUUUGAAUAGCGAUUAAGGCUUGCAAAGAAAUGGUAUUUUUGGGGGGUUUGGGAUUUCGUUGUCAGGUGGCAGAUUGGUUGAAUUGUUGAGAGAAUCCCAUCAAAGUAUUUUUCCUUGUUUCCACUCUUUUCUGUGAUGUAAUACGAGUGUAGCGCAGUAACAUUACUUUCUGACGCGGGCCAGGUGAGCGAACCGUUCAGGGCCUGCGGUAUAUUUGUUAUUUUUAAAGUGUGGAGAAUAUGACCAUGAUUGCUUUUUUUAAAGGUCCGAGUCUCAUUUGAACUGUGCGUAUUUCCUUCUUUGCUCUUAAUGCAAGCGUUUAUUUUUGCUCAAACGCAAGCGACAUCGCAGACAAAACAGUUGUGCGCGGCAUUGUGUCGGAGAUGCCAGUGUAAGGCCACACUAACAGCGGUACACUCCAGUGUCCACUCGCUUUACUGUAAUCAGAAACAACGAAAAAAGAAGCACCGCGUCGGAAAACUCGAAACGAAAUGCGAGGACCGGCCCGUUUCCUCGUUAUCGUUCUGUGACGGUACUAAAGAUGAUGCCGUCCGACGUCCGAUAAACCCUGUGUAUAGUCCCCAAGCAUGCCUGUGGGAGCCUCACGUCUUCUGUGCUGUGUUGUCAACGUCUAUGGAAUGCAACAUGUGUCAUGGUCAUUCACGGUGGCGUCUCCAUAAGACUAGUGUUGAACACAUACACACAUACACAGACACGCACAGACACACACAGACACACACACAAACACAGACUCAGACAGACACACACUCUCUCACACACACACACACACACACACACACACACACACACACACACACACACACACACACAGACACACACACACACACACACCAAGACACUUUGAGAUUCUACCAUACAUGCACACUGUCUAGGUUUAUUGGCCCUUAUCUAUCAUGCAAUCGUUUUAUAUGCCACAAAUGUAAAAUAUGACGAUUAUUUAAAGUAUGUCUGAAGAGGAUGUGGUAUUUUCAACAAAUAAAUUGGGAGUUACAAAAAAAACGGAAAGGA